CAUAACGAUAUCAUCAUAUCCUUUUCUAGAAAUACGAAAAAAAUGAAAAAAAUAUAAUCUUUCAUCCGCGCAAUACAGAACUACCAAAAGUAAACGCAGCGAAAUGUAGUGGUUUGUAGAGUGCCUCUGUGAUUGGUGAAAACAUUUUUAGAAAUUCCUCUGAUUUUGUGCGUGUACAAUCAUUUGUUACCAUUCGAUUUAAACGGUUUUGAACAGAACAAACGCUAAGUGGCACUGUUAUAGACUGUGUUGUAUUUGUGUACGCAUGUGGUAUCACUAUGUGAUACCACAUUGUAAACGUCACCACGGAAAAGAAUAAGAAAGACGAAAAGCGACCCAAACGUAAAAGAAUCUCCGACAUGAGGAUCGACAUUCGGGGUGUAAAGCUAGCGACUGCACUCCGCAACGGAGUCAAAGCAGCUAUGUAUGAAAGCAGCUGCUCAUAUGGGGGAGGUCUAGAACUCAAACGAAGUGCACUAAAGGAAGACCCUUGGCCCACAGCAGAAUGGCCACCCUAUUGUCUACCUCAAUCAACAUUCGAGCAACUGAAACAGAGUGUAGAGAAGGCGAAGGCAGCAUUACAAGACAGAUCAGGACUUUUGGGCACAGCGACAGCGUUCGGUGACUUCUACGGGGGACAGUUAGGUCAAGAUACGACCGGUACAAACUUAGGCUUCAUACGUACAAGGAAAGAUGACUCAAUGAUAGGAUCUGUGGAUAAAAUCAAAGGAUUAGGUUCAGAAAAACUAUCAAGUGGACUGUCGAAAGGAUACUCUUCAUCUUCGGCUUUGUCUGACACCCUACGGUCUACAAAAUGUGCAGUUCCAGAUGCAUCAUACAAGUCAACGGCGUCGUGGUCUUCACCAAGCACAUCCGGACCAGGUGCCUCAGGCUAUGGCGGGAACAAUUUGUCAGCGAUGCCGAAAUCGCCUUUAGAAGCGCACACACAUCUCAGGCAACCGGAUCCAUAUCAGAUGUUUGGACCGACAAGCAGUCGUCUUGCUAACUCAGGUUCAGGACAAAUACAACUGUGGCAGUUUCUUCUGGAGUUACUGAGUGACUCUAGCAACGCUGGCUGCAUCACUUGGGAGGGAACAAACGGAGAGUUCAAGCUCACUGACCCCGACGAAGUGGCGAGGCGUUGGGGCGAAAGGAAGUCCAAACCCAACAUGAAUUAUGACAAACUCAGCAGAGCUUUGAGAUAUUACUACGACAAAAAUAUAAUGACGAAGGUGCACGGGAAAAGGUACGCCUACAAAUUCGACUUUCAAGGGCUGGCUGCGGCUACGCAACCGGCGGCCAGCGACCCCGCUUAUAAAUACCAGAGUGACCUCUUCAUGAGUUCAUAUCACCAUUCGGCCAAACUCUCGUCUUUCAUGGCUCCACACGCAGCAAUGCCGACGUCAACAGCAUCAAUAUUCCCGUCGCCGUCAUGGAGUAAUUGGGGUGGGGGUGGAGGUAACCUCUAUUCCCCCCACUCUAUGGCUCCUCCCCACGUGACAUCACAUUUGGGCUCCUAUCCACACUACGCAUGACCGACCUACUGAUCGUCGGAGUAUCCACAAUAAUGGAAAACUCGAACCCGGCUAUGUGACUCGUCAUACAAAAACUGUCAUAACUCGCAAAUUGCAAUAAAUUAAUUACUUUACUCGGCGCAAGAUGUUUAGUUUAUUUUGUCAGUUACAUACUUAAAAACUUUGCUAGUAAGAAUCAGAAAAGAAAAUUA